UAUUCCCCCUCCCCAGACUGGUGGCUCUGUAUCCAUGGAUACGAUAGGUCGUCUUAGUGAGGAUUCCUCAUCUCCCAUCCACUACAGCAAUGAGACAAAAGGGGGGAGCAAACCUCCGAUGUCAUUUGCUGGAUUGCUGCCAGGAUCUCAAACCUCUGGAGGAGAAGUGUCAAUGCAAACUAACCCAGACGAUCCUUCAUCUAGCAAAUCACACAAGUCAAAGAAAAAGAAGAAGAAAAACAAACACAAACAUAAGCAUAAACACAAACAUGAUAAACCAGAACGUGAUCGUGAGUCAUCAGACCGGCCUAAGGACGCCGGAGGACAUUACAGCUCAGAGACAAGUACUGUCAACUCUCCUAUAGUGAAACUUGACCCUCCAAGUUCACCAGAGUUUGAGAUCAUAUGAAGAACUUGUCAAAAUCAGUGACCAUGCAAGUAUGGAUUGUGAAGCAACUUUAUACAAAGGAGUUUUAUCACAGCUAUUCAUUUUCUUAUGUUAAGAAUAUCUGAAUGGCCAGUCCCUGUACUGAACUCCUACAGUAACUUACCAACAGAAGACAAGUGACUGUUCUGUUAAUCCUGGUGGAAAUGUACUGAACUCCUACAGUAACUUACUGACAGAAGACAAGUGACAGUCCUGUUAAUCCUGGUGGAAAUGUACUGGACUCCUACAGUAACUUACCGACAGUCCUGUUAAUCCUGGUGGAAAUGUACUGAACUCCUACAGUAACUUACCGACAGUCCUGUUAAUCCUGGUGGAAAUGUACUGAACUCCUACAGUAACUUACCGACAGUCCUGUUAAUCCUGAUGUAAAUGUACUGAACUCCUACAGUAACUUACCGACAGACCUGUUAAUCCUGGUGGAAAUGUACUGAACUCCUACAGUAACUUACCGACAGACCUGUUAAUCCUGAUGGAAAUGUACUGAACUCCUACAGUAACUUACUGACAGAAGACAAGUGACAGUCCUGUUAAUCCUGGUGGAAAUGUACUGAAAUCCUACAGUAACUUACCGACAGUCCUGUUAAUCCUGGUGGAAAUGUACUGAACUCCUACAGUAACUUACCGACAG